AUGACGUCUGAAAAUCGCAACUUUGCUGCAUUUAAACACCGUCCACCUUCGUCGGGGGGGCUGUUAGAGGCAAAUGUUUGUCGGAUCAUUGGUCAAAUUGCUUGCUACAACACAACUCGCUUCUUCUCCCCUCCACAGGGUUCAAGGAAUCCAGCCUUGGCCGAUCUCAACGGUCCAUGUCUUCUUACUUCCUGGGCAAAAUUAAAGAAAUUAUCGCCUUGUCAACGGUUGGAGUUGUCAACUAAUUAUCGAUCCGGGAACCAGAUAACUAUGCCGCCAACAUGCUGUCUCCAGUUGCGCAUGACUUGCCGGGUUAACUUGCUUGUAUUAUUGGCCUUAAAAAGCAUUUCCUUGUCUCGAUGGAUCAUUAUGCCCGAUUGGCGUAACGACAAAAACUGA